UUUUUAAAACCUUUCGUUUUCCUCUUUAUGAGACUGCUUCACUGUUCACAAUGACAGCUAUAAGUGGUCAAAACCCAUAUCUUUGAUUGAAUGAAAUACUAGGGUUUCCCUUUUUUAUUUCGGCCACCCCAUCUCUCACAUUUGCUCUCAAAGAGAGAGAAUAGUAGUAGAAGUAAAGGGAAGGUGCAAUAAGGGUUCUUGGUUGUCCUAUACCAACCCCUUUUGGUUGUUCUUAAAUUUUGUGGGUUUGGGUUGGUGGAGUUAUGUUCAUUACUUUUUAUUGGGCUUAAGGCGGUUGCAAACUUUGGAGUUAAAAUCUUAUACAAAUACUGAAUAUUACUACAGUCUAUGAAAAUACUUUACUUGGGGUCUAAAAGUAUAUAUAAAUAUGAAAAGUUGAGAUCUUGAGAAACAUAGUAGUAUGAGUAUUACCAUUUCAAUAACCAUUUAGAUAGAAAAGAGUGGCUUGUGUAACAGAAAGUUUUGAGUCUUUUUAUAUUUGGUAACAAAAGAGGGGGUUUCAUUUUGUGGUUAUUGGCUAAGUUUUGAUGAGUUUUGGAGGCUUCAUUGGGAGUAGUAGUGGUGGAAACAGCGGCGGCGACGGUGGUUCUGGGGUAUCAAGAGUGGUGGCUGAUAGUCCAUACAACAACACCAUGCCCACUGCUGCUACCAUUGCUCAUCAAUCACAACAACUUGUCACAUCACCUUUAACUCAGCCUAUGUUUAACUCUUCUCCACUCUCUCUUGCUCUUAAACCUAAGAUGGAAGGUAUAGGUGACAUGGGUUUGAUAGGGGAAAAUUUUGAUGCUGUUGCAAUGGGAAGGUCCUCUAGAGAGGAUGAAUACGAGAGCAGGUCCGGCAGUGAUAACUUAGAUGGUGGUGCAUCGGGUGAUGACCAGGACACUCCUCUUGGUAAAUCAUCCAGAAAAAAGAAAUAUCAUAGGCACACCCCAUACCAAAUCCAAGAACUUGAAGCUGCUUUUAAAGAGAAUCCACAUCCUGAUGAAAAAGCAAGACUAGAACUUGGUAAGAGACUGACGUUGGAGAGCAGGCAGGUGAAGUUUUGGUUCCAAAAUAGAAGAACCCAAAUGAAGACCCAAUUGGAACGCCACGAAAAUGCAAUCUUGAAGCAAGAAAAUGAUAAGCUUCGGAUAGAGAACAUAGCAAUGAAGGAAGCCAUGAGAAGCCCAAUGUGCGGCCAUUGUGGUGGUCAGGCAAUUCUUGGUGAGAUACACAUUGAAGAGCAUCAUUUAAGGAUUGAGAAUGCUCGGCUGAGAGAUGAACUUAAUAGGAUCUGUGUCCUGGCGAACAAGUUUUUGGGCAGGCCUUUGGGAUCUUUUCCUGGUACAAUGCCACCUGGAAUGGCUAAUUCUGGUUUGGAGCUUGCGGUGGGAAGAAAUGGCUUUGGUGCUAUGAACUCUGUUGACACUGCAUUGCCAAUGGGGCUUGAUUUUGGCAAUGGUCUCUCAAGUCCUCUAACAAUGAUGUCCCCUAGGCCCACCCCAAGCAUGACUAGUACAGAUGUAUCCUUUGAUAAGUCCAUGUUAAUGGAGCUUGCGUUUGCUGCGAUGAAUGAGCUUCUUAAGCUGGCUGAGAUUGGUGAUCCUCUGUGGUUUAGAAACUUUGAUGGAAGUGGGGAAGCAUUGAGCCUUGAGGAGUAUGCUAGGUCCUUUCCUCCAUGUAUUGGCAUGAAACCGUCCAACUUUACAACAGAAGCAACAAAGGCAACUGGUACAGUGAUGAUCAACAGUCUGGCCUUGGUGGAGACUCUGAUGGAUACAAGUCGAUGGGUGGAUAUGUUCUCAUGCAUUGUUGGAAGAACCUCUACAAUUGAUGUGAUUUCCAGCAGCGCAAGUGGAAGCAGGAAUGGCAAUCUGCAAUUGAUCCAAGCUGAGUUCCAAGUUCUUUCUGCUUUAGUUCCUGUCCGUCAAGUAAAGUUUCUCCGCUUCUGCAAGCAACACGCUGAAGGCGUUUGGGCUGUGGUGGAUGUGUCCAUUGACGCAAUCCAAGAAGGUUCCCAACCACGUGAAGCUGGAAAUUGCAGGAGGCUCCCUUCUGGAUGUAUUGUGCAAGACUUGCCUAAUGGUUACUCCAAGGUUAUUUGGAUUGAGCACAUGGAAUAUGAUGAGAAUACCAUCCACAAUUUCUACCGCCCUUUCAUCAGGUCUGGCCGGGGCUUUGGUGCCCAGCGGUGGAUUGCCACCCUGCAAAGGCAAUGUGAGUGCUUAGCAGUCAUCACAUCUUCCGCUGUACCCAGUGGCGAUGGCGCAGCAGUUGUUAGUCCCAGUGGUCGGAGAAGUAUUGCAAUGCUGGCUCGACGCAUUACUCGCAAUUUCUGUGGUGGGGUUUGCGCAACUUUUUACAAGUGGGAACCAAUCCAAACAGGGACCGCAGAAGAUACUAAGUUGAUGAUGAGGAAGAGCAUUGGUGACCCCGGUGAGCCUCCUGGUAUCGUGUUGAGUGCCACCAGGACCAUCUGGCUGCCGGUGACACAUCAACGUUUGUUUGACUUCCUGCGAAAUGAACAAACUAGGAGUCAAUGGGAUGUCUUGUCCCAUGGUGGUCCCAUGCACCAAAUAGUCCACAUUGCCAAGGGUCAGGAUCUUGGCAAUAGCAUCUCUCUCUUUCGUGCUAAUGCGGCUGCCAGCGAUGCUAAUCAAAAUAGUAUGUUGAUCUUGCAAGACUCAUGCACGGAUGUAUCUGGUUCAAUUGUAGCAUAUGCAGCAGUUGAUACUGCAGAAAUGAAUGUCGUGAUGAGUGGUGGAGAUUCUUCCUGCGUGGCUUUCCUGCCAUCUGGAUUUGCAAUAGUUCCAGAUUGUUUUCAAAAUUCUAACAACGGAAUGCUUGAAAAAGAGGACAAUGGAGGUAGCAGUAACGGGUCUUUGUUGACGUUGGGAUUCCAAAUAUUGGUGAAUAGCUUGCCUGCAGCAAAGCUCACUAUGGAGUCUGUCAACACCGUUAAUGCCCUCAUCUCACGUACACUUCAGGGCAUAAAAACUGCUUUCCAGUGCAAUUAAUCCGAAGCCAAAUUGGUACUAUUGGUUAGUUGCAUUCCAAGGUUUUGGUCUUUUGUCUUUUUGGGGUUUAACUUUAAAAGUUAUAUGUCCGAGAAUUAACGUGCAACCAAGUGCAGUGCAUGUUAAGACUCUAAAUGUACAAGGUGAUAGAAAUGUGGGUUUGAGUCAAGAACGAACCGAGGUGGUUCCUCGUGACUACAAUUGCAUGAUUUUUCAGCUUUUUGUCAAGGCAGCGAGGAGAUUGGUGGUUCGGGUAUUGACUCUGGUGCCCCAUUAAUAUAAAUUGUGUGCUGUUCUAUAGCUGUGUGUUUUAUCUCUUGUUGAAAAGAUGUUUUCGUAUGUUCUUUUGGGUGAUAUAUGGUGUAAUCACACUCUAAAGCUAAUUUGUAUGGUGUAAUGUGUUGCUUUAUAUUGAUUCCAUUGCAAGUC